AGGCUCCUGUGCAGGGAGCUGAGUAUUUAUCAACGCUGUCAACUAUGGCCGCCGUCUGAUUUUCCAGCAAAAAUUGCCGUUUUCUCCGCGAUUUCUCCUCUCCACUGGCGCGUUCGACUCUUCCUUCACCCUGAAAAAUUGGUGGAAGAUUUUUGGCGCUUUUUGACGUAUUUUCCGGAUUUUUCUCCGGGAGAAUUGCCGCAGGAUCGUGAUUUUUGUGCAGCGAGGGGCCACUCUCCAGCUUUGUGUGUACUACAACAACAGUCACAGUUCCACUACUUCAGAGUGUAACUAUGGCCGACUCAGAGCCCGGCUCGGGAGCAGCGGCAACAGCUCCGUCCGCAGCCGCAGAGGGACCAGGGGAGCCCGCCUCCAAAAAGGGCAGAGGCCGGCCAAAAAAAUCGGAAGCGCAGCCGGCUGCUGAAGGAAGGUCUGCUCUACGCCGGCGACCUGUGGUGGCUCCGGAGCACUACGCCCCGCCUCCGCCCAACCCCAGCGGCAAACGGGGCCGCGGACGUCCGCGAAAGUCAGAGGGGGAUGAAGAGCCUCCGGUAAAGAAGGUGAACAGCGGUCAGGGCAAGCGAGGUCGUCCGCCCAAGAGUGUCAACUCCGAGGCAGCCAGGCCAAAGGGAAGGCCUAAGGGCUCUAAGAAGAAAGGCAAGGGCCAACCUGCCAAGGCAGCUGAGAAGGACGAGGAAGAUUUCGACGAGGAGGAAGACGCUGAAGAGAUUGAAGAGAAGACUGAAGUGGUUGAGACUCCCAAGAAACGAGGCCGUCCCAAGAAGGACACUCCCGCCGUUGUGUCGGAGUCAGAUAACAAAGUGGAUGCUGAUGCGCCCGCUGAAAAGACAGAUGACUCUGCCGAGGAGGGGCAGUAGUUCAGGUGGUCUCCCGUACCAGCCAUCCUUUUUCUUUUUUCUGUCUUAGAUUUUUAAUCUUUGAACUUAUCUGUGUAUUUAGGACUUUGUACACCUGUUGGUCCCCAGAUCCUGUAAUGACUAGAUUUCUUCUCUCUUGUAUAGUUCAAAUGCUGACGUAAGUGAUGUCAUUGUUCAAACUAGAUUCAACACUUUUUGAGAUAAUUCAGUGCAGUAAAAGACUGUGAAGGUGUGCCAAUUGUGAUUGUAGAUAUGCUUGAGGUACCAGUGACUCAAAAAUCUCCCAUUCUUCUUUCCCAAAAAAAGAAAGUCUUCUGUCUGCAUUAAAUUCCAUGCUGUUCUACUAAGAACCAGCAUUCACAAUUCAUUUGACAUGAAUUUGAAUGCAAAAAAUGUCUGAUAGCAUGACCUUUUAUUGCAUUUAUGAUAUUUUUCGAACAGUUCAUGUUUCCAUAUCUUUAUAAGCAAACCAACAGUUCUUCAAAGACUUACGUUACAUGUAUAUGUGUGCACCUAUGUGGUUAAAAUGGCAGCAGAGGUACUGGAAUACCCAUAACCCACCCUCACCCCAUUGCAGCUGUUUUUCUAAACUUGUGUGCAUUUUGACAUAUUUUUUAUGUAUUCUACAAAAUAAAACAUUCCUCAUCUAAUCUUUAUUCAAACCAUAUUCAUAAUAAAACUUGUGGAUGUGCCAAUCUGAAGAGGCAUGUUUAGGAAAAGAGAAACUUCUGUACAACAUGUAAACAUAAUUGAAACAAUGAUCUUUAUUGGGGACCAAAAUAUUUGCGAUCUGACUACACUUCAUGAGAAUGGUAUGUUACUUUAACUCUGGGUGUAAACUCAACAACUAAAAAAGUGAGGUGGUGGUUAUAGUAAAAUUGUCAUCUCACAUCGCAUCAGUGCUUUAUCAGUUUAAUGCUGUAAGGAAAAAACAACUGCAGACGUAACAAAUUUUAAUGUUCCUCUUUUCUUAGCAUCUGACUUCUAAGACUGAUACAAGUAAAACUGUGGAAACCUUCAUGAUGAAGACACUAAUCUCAGAGUUGGGUGGGGAUGUUUUUGUUUCCACCUGCUGCUUACCCACACAGGUCAUGCUUUAAGAUUUGACUUAUAAACCUACAAAAACAUACUUCUCUCUUAAUGUUGCAAUUGUGAUUUUUAGAUAUGGGCAACUGAGGAAAAUAAGUCUCACAUCCCUUAUGUAGCAUUACUCAGUCUGAUUCAAACCAAAACAUACCUGCAGGAAUCGCUUCACUCUGUACAAACAGGUUGUAAUGAUGUCAUCUGAUGUAUAGACGUGUGUAGGUUUAUUCAGUGAAAGGUGUGUACAUGUAUUACAGUAACUGCAGUACUGAUACCGUGUAUAGCCAAGAUUUUGCCUUUCUCACAUCUGGAUUUGGCACUAGGCUCUGAAUAAUCUGGCAUCAAUUAUACAUAUACAAUUUUUUUCUUUCAUGUUAAUGUUGCCUGAGCAAGGUCGUCAAAACAGCUGAGCUAAACCUCUGAUGUAAGUUCAGGUACACACAUCCAAAUAAUGAAAUAUACGGAACAUCUAGAUGCAUACAUAAAAACGUACAUGACAUAACGCCUACGGAAUAGCUAGACAAAAUGUUCCUCCAGCCAUGCAAGCCUUCAAAGAUUUCAUAGAUUUGACAUUAAGAUACACUUAAGAUGAAGAAUGAGUGAAUGCAGCUACAGGACUCUUCAAAGACUGUAGAUGCAUAACACAGUGACUGAUGAUUAAGUACCUGAUUAAGUACAUACUUUAUGCAGUUCCAACACUAAUCUGUACCUCAGAACAGUUCUAUCAGCAAGUCUAGUUCAUGUUCAAGUUCAGUUUUUUCAAAGAAAACUUGACCAACCCUGGUCUGACUAUGCAGGUAGCUGCAUAUACACUGGACUGCACACCUGGUACCUUAUGUGACAGUUGUUUUGUAAAGCUAAGCAGGUAUCUCACUGGACUGCACAUUGAAAAUGUGCCGCUGCAUUCUGAAUUAAAUUUGUGUUACCUUUAUAAUGGAAAUAUCAUGCAAAACAUAUGACAAAUGACCAAAAAGACAACAAGCUUGAAAAGAUGUUUUUUUGUUGAUGAAGUUGUCAAAUCAAUUGACCAACAUGCCACAGCUUCAGUGAGAUAUGUGCUUUUACUAUUGAGAGUGAAAUCUUGCCUGGUUGUCGUUGUAACAAGGUCAGAAUGUUGAAUGUGAUGAUCACCCUGGGUCUACAUGAUCCUCUGUAAGUCAGAUACAUGUAAAUGUAUGUAGAAUGUAGCUUAAAGCUUGCCAUAAUGAUUACAUUCAUGUGUAGGCCUUACUUGUCCAAGUGUAAGUAAGCAGUGUAUUAUUGUAUCUUGAGAUUAUGUUACAGGUGCUAUGUGUGAUGUUACUUGGUGCUACAUGUGCAUGCCUUAGUAGAGCCAACAUCUCUGCUCAGUGUCCAAACAUCCUCAAGUUAAAGUAGAUCCAUGUGCAACU